AUGUGUCCGGGGUUGGAGUUCACGAGCGACGUCAUCGAGGCGGAGAGGAACGGCGAGGCGUGCGCCGGCGGGAUGUUCGUUCCGAACGGCGUCGUCGUGGACGCGCCGAGAUAUUUAACCGCGCUCUGGGACGCGUGCGGCAUACUCGCGUCGCGCGGCGCGGCGGGCACGCGCGCGACGUUGCGCAUCGCCGAGGUCGACGAUGUGAAGGCGCUGUUGGAUGAAUUCGAUCAAGUGGCGCUGUGUUGCGGCGCCGGCGUCGCCGCGCUCUUUGACUUUGAAACGAUCCCGGUGUCGUUGCAAGGCGGGCACGUGCUCGAGCUCAAGCCCGAGGGCCUGAGCGUGGGCAUUUUAGGCACCACGUACGUCGCACCGCUCGGCGACGAUCGCGCCAUGAUCGGUCCGACGAAAGAGUACGACGCCACGCCCGAGGAUUGCGCUCGCUCUGGCGUCGUGGACGACGUCGACGACGAACGAUCCGCGCGCGCGAUUUCAGAGCUUCGCGAGCUCGGCGCGCGCGCGUACCCGCCGUGCGCGAAUUGGGAAUUCUUGCGUCUCAAGUACGGCGUGCGCGCCAAUCCACCGCGCACGCACGCCGGCGCGCUUCCGCUCGCGGGAUCCGUCCACGUGGACGGCCGCCGAUGUUGGUUCGCCGCCGGCCUCGGCGCGCGCGGUCUCAUCUACCACGGCCUUCUCGCCGACUGGCUCUCGAGCGCGAUUCUAGACGACGACAUAAACGCCAUACCCGUAGACGUCCGUCGGACGUGUUAG